AGGUGUAGAAAUUUGCGAGCUACCAUACUCCCACCCGGAGAACAGAGAAAAGCAUAUGAAAAACUCUCUGUUUUCUCUUCUCUCCCUCUUUUUUUUUUUUUCUAAAUUAGAAGAGUAAUAAAUCAGCAUGGCCAUGGCGUUGUUAUCCCCUCUUCUUCCCACCUUCUCCUCCUCAAGUCCCAAUCUCUCUCAGAAAGUCCAUCGCCCCCUCCUUCCCAAGAAAAGAUCUUCUCUUUCCCUCACAAGAUGUACAGGAAAUGGGGCGGGAAAGGUGGGCUCUGCUUCUGUAGAGGAGAAAUUGGAGGGGAAGAAAGAAGAAUCUAUUCCUCUGGAGUCGGAGGAGAAGCUGCCGCUGGAGUCUCCGGACUCAAAUGGCGCUGCGGUGAAAGCGGUGGUUCCCACGUUCAACGACCCGAGAUGGAUCGGAGGGACGUGGGAUUUGAAGCAGUUCGAGAAGGAUGGCAAGACCGAUUGGGAUGCCGUCAUAGAUGCUGAGGUUAGGAGAAGAAAAUGGCUUGAAGAUAAUCCAGAGGCAUCAAACAAUGAGGAGCCUGUAAUUUUUGACACAUCAAUAAUCCCCUGGUGGCCGUGGGUUAAGAGGUUCCACCUGCCUGAAGCUGAACUGCUUAAUGGACGUGCUGCAAUGAUUGGGUUUUUCAUGGCCUACUUCGUGGAUAGCUUGACAGGCAUUGGUCUUGUUGAUCAGAUGGGUAAUUUCUUCUGCAAAACUCUGUUACUUAUAGCUGUUGCUGGGGUGCUGCUUAUAAGAAGGAAUGAAGAUAUUGAUACUCUGAAAAAGCUUAUUGAGGAAACAACAUUCUAUGAUAAGCAGUGGCAAGCAACUUGGCAGGAGGAUGAAACCCCUAGUGUUUCCAAAAAAGAGUAGCUUGAUGUUCAUGAAGGAGUCGCUCUGCAUUCCAUAGUUUCUAUUUUAUGUUGCAUAUUUUUCUUAUUUUUUUUCUUAGUACCAUUGUCGAGAUGAUCAGUUAAUAUUGCCUUUUUCCCACCCCCAUGCCAGCAUGCUCAAAAUUAACUAUGAACUGCUAUCUUUUCCUGAAAUCCUAUGUUUUUGUUUUUGUUU